AUGGUUUACCUCAUUUCUUUUCUACUUAAGAUCUCCGGCGUCGGUGUGCGUCACCUACAGCGACAUAGAAAAGGCCCUUUUCGCUACUUCCUCAAAAAUAGUCUUGUCCCUCGUGCAAAAGCUGGUAAAUGCCCCUACUUUUUCUUUGGUGCAGCGGUGACCCAGCCCGAGGGCGAUUGGACCCCCGACGACCUUGCGCCGGUCGGGGAGCUCCUGCUGGAGACCUCGCGAAUCAUCGCUCUGCAGCACGGCCUGACAGCCUCGGAAGUGGCUCACUACCUGCCGCAGGUGGACAUGAUGAAGACAUCGGUGGCGAGCAUCUGCCCCGCCUUCGCCUCCCCCACGCUCUGCACGCCAGGCAAAUACCGGCGCAUCGACGGCCUCUGCAACAACGUCCAUCACCCGACCUGGGGCGCCACGCGCUCCGUCUUCCAAAGGCCAGACCCUUAUCCAUCUUUCUUGUCAGUUAUGCUGGUGCCACGGCCAGAUAUUCCUCGGCAGUAUAGUAUGUGUACAGAUACCUAUGAAUGGUUCCUGCCUGCGGCUUAUUCGGACGGCAUCAGCGCUCCCCGCCAGAGCUCGGCGCGGGGGGCCACGCUCCCCAACCCCCGCCUGGUCUCGGCCAUGGUCCACCGGGACGAGGGCUUCCAUGAUCACGCCGCCACGCUCAUGCUCAUCGCGUGGGGCCAACUCAUGGACCACGACUUCACCCUCACCGCCAUGACGCUCGACCCGGUGAACCGCAACGAGCCGCAGGGCUGCUGCGCCCCGUCGGCCGGCCUCAAGAACCCCUACUGCCUGGAGAUCGACGUCCCCCACGACGAUAGGUUCUACAGACUCUUCCGCUUCCGAUGCAUCGACUUCGUGCGAGGAUUCCCAGGUGUCCCGCAGAAUUGUCGACUAGGGCAACGCAACCAGAUCAACAUCCUGACCGGAGUGAUAGAUGGCAACACUGUCUACGGUGGGACCGAGGAAGAGGCAAGAGCGCUGCGCAUGGGCGUGGGCGGUUUGCUGCGCCAUUAUGACCACUUCCCAGGAGCGGACAUGAAGGAACUCCUCCCCUUGAAAACAGACAUUCCUGACGAAGGAUGCAUUCGAGAAAAUGGCUCACAAUUGUGUUUCCUUGCGGGAGAGAUCCGGGUGAACGAGCAACUGAUCUUGACGUGCAUGCACACGCUCCUCAUGCGAGAGCACAACCGGGUUGCGAGCCAGCUCUCCCGGCUCAACCCGCACUGGGAGGACGAGGCGCUCUACCAGGAAACUCGAAGAAUUGUGGCUGCAAUAAUACAACACAUCACUUUCAACGAGUUCCUGCCCCAAUUGCUUGGGCGAAAUGUUAUGAAACAGUAUGACCUCAUACUGACCAAAAAGGGUUAUUGGGACGGCUACGACCCAUCUGCAGAUCCUUCGAUCUCAGCCUCCUUCGCCGCCGCUGCCUUCCGCUUCGGCCACUCGCUCCUUCCGUCGUCGGUGGAGCGGUGGAGUCCAUCGCACAAAUUCAUCGCCUCGAAGCGCCUCCAUAAGCUGAUCCGGCAGCCGUUCGACCUGUUCCGAGCCGGCGUCCUAGACGAGUACUUCCUAGGGAUGCUCAACCAGCCCGCGCAGGCCAUGGACGAUUCCAUCACACAGGAGGUGACCCACCACCUGUUCGCGGAGCCUGGCGAGCGUCACGGCCUGGACCUGGUGUCGUUCAACGUGCAGCGCGGGCGGGAGGUCGGCCUUCCCGGCUACGGCGCCUGGAGGUUCGUGUCGGUUCACUAA